UCAUUUCAGCGUGUUGUUCAGUCGGAUCUGAUUCAGCCCCGGUUGUACAUCCCACCAUGCGAUACUUGCGGUGUUUAGCCCUGUUGACUUUACUCACCUUCUCCGCCGCAGACAUCCCCUUCCGUAACGCCACCCUACCGUGGCAGGUGCGUGUCGAGGACGUCGUCGGGAGACUGACCAUCCAGGAGAUUCAGACCCAGCUAGCCAGUGGUCAGGGACAAGCUCCCCCGAUAUCUAGACUGGGGAUCAACCAGUACUCCUGGUGGUCAAACUGUGGGAGGGGGGAUGUAGCGCAGAACGCUACUGCCUUUCCCCAGGGGAUCGGAAUUGGGGCGUCGUUUGACAAGGAUUUGAUUUACCGAAUAGCCGAGGCCAGCAGCACAGAAGUCCGAGCCUACUACAAUUACUUCAUGAAGACGGGUGCUACUCUGGAUGUACAUAUGGCGAUCAGCUGUUUCAGCCCUAACAUGGACACGUUCAGGGACCCCCGAUGGGGAAGGGGUCAGGAAACACUCAGUGAAGACCCGUACCAUGCUGGCGAGAUGGGGUACCACCACGUCAAGGGUCUCCAUGGUACCCAUCCUCGAUACCUGAGGACCAGUUCUGGCUGUAAACACUUUGACGUGUCUGGUGGACCUGAGAACUGGCCAAUGUCCAGACAGGUGUUUGAUGCACAGGUUUCAGAACGAGACUGGAGGUCGUACUUCCUUCCUCCCUUCAGGCGAUGUGUUGAAGCUGGGGCCUACAGCUUGAUCUGUGCUUAUAACAGCAUCAACGGUGUCCCCGCCUGCGCCAACAAGAAGCUGUUGACUGACAUACUGAGGGGGGAGUGGAACUUCACCGGCUACAUCGCAGCAGACGCCGGCGAGAUCCUCAACAUCAUCACCGUACAUAAAUACUUGAACAACACCGUCGACACCGCUGCAGCUUGUCUCAAGGCCGGGUGUAACCUGGAAGUUCAGUCUGGCGAUAAGAGAGUGUAUAACUCAAUAAUUCCGGCGAUACAACAGAACAAACUGACAGAGUCGUUUGUCCGGGACCAGAUCAAGCCACUCUUCUACACCAGACUGAGGCUAGGAGAGUUUGACCCACCGGAAAUGAACCCUUACAACUACCUUGACAUUGAUGACGUCGUGCUGAGCUCCACACACCGACAGCUGGCUGUAGAGGCAGCCAUCAAGAGCUUCGUCUUGCUGAAAAAUGACAACGGUUUUCUGCCGAUCAAAUCACAUUUUGAUAAAGUUGCUGUUGUAGGACCAAUGUCAAAUGACACAGAACAACUGUUUGGUGACUACGCACCAAAGACCGACCCCCGCUUUAUCACGUCCCCUCUGAGCGGGCUGCUGAAACUGGGCAAUGCUGCCCUGUACGCCGCAGGCUGCUCCAGCACCGCUUGCAACGACUACAACAGGACUAACGUGGUGAAUGCACUUGGAGGAGCUGAUGCCGUCUUUGUAUGCUUGGGGACAGGUCAGGCCAUCGAGGCGGAGGGACAUGACCGACAAAACCUCACUCUGCCGGGACAGCAGCUGCAGCUUCUACAGGACGUCGUCAGCAACACCAACAAACCAGUGGUGCUACUGCUAUUUACUGGGGGACCAAUCAACAUUAACUGGGCGAUAACGGCUCCAGGUGUUGUCGCAAUCAUGGAAUGUUUCCUUCCGGCUCAGGCGGCCGGCGACGCCAUCUUUGCUUCCCUCACAAACGCCGGGGAGGGGUCUGUGCCAGCUGCCAGACUGCCUUACACGUGGCCGAGCAGUGAUUCCCAGAUUCCUCCGAUGGUGAACUAUUCUAUGGCUGGUCGGACAUACUGGUUCUUUGAUGGAGAGCCGGCCUUCCCCUACGGCUACGGCUUGUCGUACACCACGUUCAGAUAUGAUGACUUUACCUGCGACAUCACCGUCAUUGCGGGGGAGGGGCUGUGGUGUAGUGUCACUGUCUACAACACGGGGUCGUAUGACGCUGAUGAGGUUUCCCAGGCCUACAUGUCGUGGCAAAAUACGUCACUUCCUGUACCCAGAAUUCAGCUGGUAUCGUUCACCAGGACAACCAUCGCGUCCGGUAGGUCUGCUGUUUACGAGUUUACACUGGACCCCAGGAACAUGGCCGUAUGGACAGAUAACGAUGGAUGGGUGGUACUCCCAGGUACAAUGAAUAUCUAUGUUGGAGGCCAGCAGCCCAAUCAGCGGAUGUCUGUCGGAUCUAACGUGUUGCAGCGGCAGUUUCAAAUUAUAGGAACUAAAAUAUUAGGAAAAUAUUAA